GUCCGAAACACAUAUGUCAAAAAGACGACGAUUGCGUGGAUAACGCUAACUGUGUAGAACAGGAGAAAAAACCCAUCACCACUGUUUCAUCUACAGGGAACAACAGUAAUAAUAACAAUCCUGUUUUAGUUUGUCAGUGUACAGAAGGUUUCUCCUCAACUCCAGGAGGACAAUGCAGUGGUGGAAGAAUCAAUAUUACUAUACCAGAUCUGGUGAUUCUACUCAUUGCACUACUGAAGUUCUAUUGA